UCAAAUCCUCACCUCCUUAUAAAUCCCCCACACCCCAUUCUCCACUCUCACACUUCAUCUCCAAACUCAAAACUCAAAACACUCUCUCUUCUUCAAAUGGCUCUCCAAGCUCUUCAAUCACCCACCACCGCUAACCCAUCGUUUAGUCCCUUCGAAGAACCCAAUCACACGCCUUGGGCAAAGGGAAAGCGUUCUAAGCGUCCCCGGAUGGACCAACAACAUCCUUCCUGCACGGAAGAGGAGUAUCUAGCUCUCUGUCUCAUCAUGCUCGCUCGCGGCGGUUCUCCUGCUGCCGCCGCUGCCAUCCCCACCGCCUCCAAGCCUGCUCUCUCGGACAACAACCCCGCCAAACUCACCUACAAAUGCUCCGUCUGCAACAAGGCCUUCUCCUCUUACCAAGCCCUCGGCGGGCACAAGGCCAGCCACCGCAAAUUAGCUGGCGCCGCCGAAGACCAGCCCACCUCCUCCAGCGUCACCACCACUUCUGCCUCCAACGGCGGAGGUAGGACCCACGAGUGCUCCAUAUGCCACAAAACUUUCCCGACAGGACAGGCCUUGGGAGGACACAAACGAUGUCACUACGAAGGCAGCGGCGGUGGUAACGGUGGUAACAGCGCCGUAACCGCCUCCGAAGGUGUGGGGUCCACUCACACAGGAAGCCACCGCGACUUCGAUCUGAACCUGCCGGCUUUUCCGGACUUUCCAACGAGGUUCUUGGCUGAAGAAGAGGUUUCCAGCCCCCACCCAUCGAAGAAGCCCCGUCUGAAUUUGACCAUCCCGAAGAUUGAAAUCCCUCGGUGUUAAUCCAUUGAUCCAAAAAUAUUGAGUGUUUUCUAAGUUAUUUGGAUUCAUUUGUUCUUGUACAUAUACACAGUACUUGGACCUUGUUUUCUGGCUUUAGAAUUUAGAUUGUACUUCUAAAGUGGUGAUUCAAUUAAAUUCAAUUCAUUAUUUUUUACCAAUUCCUCUGUAAUAGUAACAGUAAUAGAUGCGGAACCGCGUGAACGGUGGGGCAGAUGUGUUGAGCUCACCUGCGCGUGUUUCUUUCGGUUCCUGGGUAUGUAACGGUUUUUCACUGUUGAUGUAGUCCAGGAAUAUUAUAAAUAUAAAUUCCUUUUUAUUUUGUUUUAAGAAA